GAGCAAAACGAAAACAUGUCAAAUGUCGAACUUUUCCUCCUCAGUCUAACCUCAAACUUAUAAAUUAAAUGUUAAACUUUGAUUUAUUUUUCUCAUUUAAUUUGUGGAAACUGUGAGUUGACCUAGUUAAAUGUAUGGUACAUAAAAGACAAUGCGUUUCAACGAUAAAGAAUUGGCUUCACUUAGCGUAGCAAAUGCUGAUCUAGAAGGGCGCUUGAACUAUAGAAAAACACCAAGUGGAAAUUUUACUCAAAGUGGAUCAGGUUUCAAAGAAAGGUGGUUCAAACUAAAAUACAAUCUACUGUUCUACUUCAAAAUAAAUGACCUAGGACAGAUAGAGGAAAAGCCAAACGGCGUUUUUGUACUAGAAUCAGCCAAAGUUCAUAUGGAAUUGUCUGGUGGACAGUUUGCCUUCUCAAUCACAUUCUCUGAUGAUCCCGACAAAAGACACAUCUUCUCUGCAAGAUCUGAAAAUACAGUCCAUUCUUGGGUGAAUUCGCUGAAAAAAGCGACGUAUGAGCAUUUGAGAAACCAGUUGAUAACGUUACAAGGCAAGAUUAGUAGGAAAACCGGAAAGGACCCUCUGUUGAUGUAUCCCAGAAACAAAGGAACUGUGAGAAACUUUGAAACAACUUGGGAACAGAGUUCUGUGUCUUUUGUAAAAACCUCUUUUCAAGCCCACGUCAAGUUAGAGUCUGCACAGACUGUAAACUCAAGUCACCAAGUUCCUGAAGCUAAUCUCAUCGAACUAUAAAACUUAGUACCGGUACCUAACCCUACUUAGUAGUUGUGUGUAUUCACCAGUAGUCCAUCUUGUGUUAAUGUUAUGUUCGGUUGAUUAUUUUUAACUGUCCAGAUUAGAUAAGUAUCAACCAACCUGUUCAAGUAGUCAUAGCUUUGAAUGAAUGAUCUUGGUUCCAAGAUGGUUAUUCAACAAGAAAACUUGUAGGGUUUCUCUAGUUGGCUGUUUUGUCUGGGCGAUGUAGCGUAUUGAUUUUUCUGAGAUAUUACAGGGAAUAAUAUUUUGCAUUUCCAGUUAAGUGGCUAUUACCAUUAUGAUUUGAACUGUAGCGUCAGGGCCGUUGUGUGGCAGGGUUCAUACUACUGUGAGAUAAUCUUGAUUUUGCACCUGACUGCAUCCCGCUCCGGGCACCAAUAAGCCACGCGACAGCCCUGUGUACUGUUUCCGAAUCAUUGGCAUCCUACAGUGCUCAGACUUAUUCUAACUAUCCCAGAAACCAAUUAAGUUUCCUUGUGAGUCCUAUCAUUGUUAAUGAUAGCCUAGUUGCAGUAUUAAGAGUGAAAGUAGUUGUCCCAAAAUUUACCUUCAAUAUUGAAGAAGAAAAAAACCAACCAGUGCUUUCUUUGUACAAUUGAUUUAACGUGCAUGUUUUCAAAUCUGAGGCUGCUUUGGAACUUUGAGUUCUGUAUUUUAUAUUAGCAACAGCUACUCUCCUCGAUUAACCUUUUGCACUUAGAUAGCACAUUCUCAAAAGCUAUUUUUGGGUUCAACUUUCCCUAAGGAAACACAACAGACAAAAUAAUAAAUACCUUUGAGUUUUGUAAAUGAAGUAAAAUUCUAUAAGGUGGAAUAGUUUUAGUAAUAUAAAAUGCAAUAUUUGCAUGACUAUAUGCAAUAUGUACAAGUUCAUAAGGCAACGAUCAUAAAAAUCAAAGUUAUUUGAUAGUGUUCAUAACUAUGCUUAAAGGUUGUGUUAUGUUAGUGCUGCAGAAAAAUUCCAAAUUAUAAUACAAUCUCAAACUUUAAACCCAAUUUUUGUUUUUGAAGUAAAGAGUUGUCCUAAGUAGUUGUACACCACUUUCACUUGACAGAUUUUUUUUAUUAUUGUUUUAAAUACAGUAGUUUUGUUUAGCUUUAAUGCAACGACACUUGAUACUAGUGCAACUGGUUUUAGCUUGCCAAAGAAUGAUCUCCUUUGUUUCUUGUAUAUUUUAUGUAUUGUUUGUUGUUUAAGUUUAAGAUGACAGUGCACUCUUUAAGAUUUGCAUUAGAAGUAAAUCAUUAACUAAAUCUCUAGUAGUGUGCCUUUAAAUUUAUAGAGCUAAAUAACCAUAACUGUACCCUACACGUGUUAUUUGUGCAUAGCACUUGUCAAUUCAAUUUUGCUUUUUCUGAACCUCUUUAAUUUUUUAGAACUGAUAAGUAUUUUUUUUUUCCAAAACUCAUUGUACAGCUUUCAAUAAGUUCUAAAUCUUUGUUUUAAAACUAUUCUAAAAAUUAUUGAGUUGCUAAAACACAAAUAUCCGUAUUGUGUGUUUAUAUAGUCAUAUUAUUUAUAGGUAUAUUGCUUUGUUUUUUAUUUAUUCUGCUCAAUGUCUUAUAAUUACAGAACUGUUUUUCUAAUAAUAACCAAUGUUGCAUACUAAAAUGUACAACUAUGUUUUGUAUUUGAUUCAAUGUGUGUUUCAUAUUUAAAAUGUGUACAUGUAAUAGUGGCUUAUGAAAAAAGUCCAAUUAUUUUUAUAGUGUUUUUUCCAACGAUAUAAGAUACAUUUUGAUAUCUAUCUUGUAGGUAAUCUUGUAGAUAUGAUAUUGUAAACUGAUUGUGUAGUUUCUAAAACUUAACCAAUGGUCAAACCUGUAUGUUAAUGGAUAUUUUUGUAACUGUCUAAUAGUACCUGUCUAAUAGUAAACUGUCUGUUGAAUUAAUGGUACCUUUUCAAUUGAUUAUAAGAAUGUAGCUUUGCCAUCAAAUGAUGAGCUAUUUCUCACCGGCCAAUUUUUUUUUUAUUAUUUGCAUUUGUUAAGCUGGAAAAGACUUAACAAAUUGCAAAUAAUAAAAAAAAAUUGGCCGGUGCAAAAUAGCUCAUCAUUUGAUGGCAAAGCUACAUUCCUAUAAUCAAUUGAAAAGGUACCAUUAAUUCAAUUCCUUAAUUACUAAAAAUUAGUACUAUUUUUUCUUCAAGGAUUUUUUUAAAUAUUUUUUUUAUGUUUCAAAAGAGUCACAAUAAUUAGUUAUGUUUGGCGACUUUGUACUUACUGUUUUCUGUUUGGUCUUACCCACACUUGCCUAUUGCCAGCAUUCCAGGCUAAUAGCUAUGCUUUUGUUGUACUCAACCCUUUUCAAUAUAUAAAUACUUUUCUUUGAAUCUAUACUUUAUUUCUAUUUGAGAUUUACCUUUCAUGACAAAUAAGUUUUAAAAUAUGUAUCAAAUAAAAGUUUUGGUGUUUA